GGAAAAGAAAGACUGUCAGCACAACAAGGAAAAUCUGACAGUUCGUUUCGGGUUUCGAGGAGGGAGGAAUACGACUGGUCGUCCUGAUAAAAAUCUAACAGCCCCAAAGACACACAAAGAGGAGAAGGAAAUGAAUGAUCAGAGUUGCUCAAUGCUGUAAAACCAACGGAUUUCGCCAUCACAACACGGGAUUUCAUACAAGGAAAAGAUGUCCCCAACAGUGAUUCAGUUGAUCCCUUUCCUCUUGUUCACUUCGACAUUCUUUCCAGUGUUUGGAAUCCAAUGUUACCGUUGCCUUCCAAAAGCAGUCCCAAACACAAACAACCAGACUACUUCAUUAGAACCUUGUUCACAGUUUGAUGGUUCUAGCAAGUUUGUCAUUGACUGCCCACUCUCAACAUUCUGCAUGAAGAGGAAUUUCACACUUGAGUUUCCGGAUGGAAGGAAUGCCAUUGUAACAGAGAGAGGUUGUGCUCAACAAAGCUUCUCGUACAGGGUGCUAAAACGCGGGCAGUGGCAGACGAUCAAUGAUGUCAAUGAAACUAUCUACCAAGAUGGGUGUAUCCUAGAGCACCAGGGUACUAAACCUCCAACCCAAUAUUGCUACUGCUCAAGCAGACUGUGUAACGCUGCGUCUACCGUACAAUCCAACUUACUCAUCUGUUUUUUUCUUCUUCUCGUUUACUACAUUCUUUAAGCGUACCCUCCCCCGAUAUCCUGUAACUAACGAUAUCCUGUGAUUGUUUCUUGAAAAUUUUACUUGUUUAGAAAAAAAUCGCAUCAUCCCUAUGAUGGUCUGUGAUAAAUAACCAGAAUCUUAAAUCGUGUGUGCUAGUACGAUGGUUAAGGGCGUUUUCGCUGAAAUAAAAAGAAAACUGAUGUA